GCCUCUAGGGUGCCCUGGUCGCUGCCUGACCCGAGCGAGGACCGACGGGCCGGGCCCGCGGGGCUCCCGCCGACCGAUAGCAGCAGCCCACCGCGGCUGGCGGGAGGAACUGCGGCUCCAAAGGCCGCUCCGGAGUGGGUCGGAGCGGGCGGCCGGCGGCGCCGCGGACACAGGCGCGGCGGACAGCCGCAGGGGCCGCGGCGGGGUCCUGGCUGCGGGAGGACGAGGUUGCGGCGGGCGGAACGGUGUCUCCUUCACUUCGCCCUCCAGCCGCGAAGCUGCAGCCCGGUCCCCGAGCGAGCCGCGCCGCCUCAGCUGGGAGCCCCGCAGCGGCAGCAGCCCCUUCCCCCGUCAGAAGACCACCAGAUCACCACUUCCCGCUGCCUCGCCAUGGCGACCUACGGACAGGGCUGCCCGCGGCCAAUGUGUAUUCCUCCGUCCUACGCUGAUCUGGGCAAAGCUGCCAGAGACAUUUUCAACAAAGGAUUUGGUUUUGGGUUGGUGAAGCUGGAUGUGAAGACCAAGUCCUGCAGUGGUGUGGAAUUCUCAACGUCUGGUUCAUCGAAUACAGAUACUGGUAAAGUUACUGGGACCUUGGAGACCAAAUAUAAAUGGUGUGAGUAUGGCCUGACUUUCACAGAAAAAUGGAACACUGAUAACACCCUGGGAACAGAAAUUGCAAUUGAAGACCAGAUUUGUCAAGGCUUGAAACUGACGUUUGAUACUACCUUUUCACCGAACACAGGAAAGAAGAGUGGUAAAAUCAAGUCCUCUUACAAGAGGGAGUGUAUAAACCUUGGUUGUGAUGUUGACUUUGAUUUUGCUGGCCCUGCAAUCCAUGGCUCAGCCGUCUUUGGUUACGAGGGCUGGCUUGCUGGGUACCAGAUGACCUUUGACAGUGCCAAAUCAAAGCUGACGAGGAAUAAUUUUGCAGUGGGCUACAGGACUGGGGACUUCCAGCUACACACUAAUGUCAAUGAUGGGACAGAAUUUGGAGGAUCAAUUUAUCAGAAAGUAUGUGAGGAUCUUGACACUUCAGUAAACCUUGCUUGGACAUCAGGUACCAACUGUACUCGCUUUGGCAUUGCAGCUAAGUAUCAGCUGGACCCCACUGCCUCCAUUUCGGCAAAAGUCAACAAUUCUAGUUUAAUUGGAGUGGGCUACACUCAGACUCUGAGGCCUGGAGUGAAGCUCACACUGUCUGCUCUGGUCGAUGGGAAGAGCAUCAAUGCCGGAGGCCAUAAACUUGGGCUAGCCCUGGAGUUGGAGGCUUAAUGCAGCUGAAAGGAACCUCUGGGAAUGGAUAGCAGAAGAUUUGGCCUUAAUAUAUUUCCAAUGUGACCAGCAGGCUUUUCUCCCCCCAGGAAGGUGAUCAAAACAAAGGAUGAUCUAAACAAGAGCUGUAUUUGAAAUAUUUAGACAGUUACUUGUUAGCUGGUGUCUAGUUGAGUUGGUUAUCUGUAGUUACCAGCACUGCAGUGGUGCAGUCACCUAUACAUUAUUUAAAUGUAUUUAACUGUUAAAUGCGCUACCCACCAAUAAUGAAAUAGACCUUUAUGAAAACUGUGCAA